GCGGCGCCGAUAUGACGUUCGCCAUGGUGGUCAAGCAGGCGCAGAGCCUCCACGUCAAUUGUCUCGCAGACAGGCGCGGUGACCACUUACCCGACCUAGACGCUUUGAUGGCGGGGGAGUUGCCAUUGCCUGUGAUGGACGACGAGAUGAGCGAGGGCGAGGCGGAGGAUCCCGACCCCGGCAGAGAGAUCGUGGAGAUUGCGCCUGCGGCAGGCGCCGUUGCCGAGAUGUGCCCCCCUGUGCCAGAUCGCAUUCAACCUGAUGACCAGCCGCGAGUCAUCACGGUCAUCGCGCUCACGACCGACGCUGGAUCAGACGAG